CUGGCCUGGCAGGCGCGGAGGGAAAGCCAGAGUCGGGAGGAGACUUCUUCGGACGCCGCGGCGGUGCGCAGGCGCCGUGGCCGGACUGGGGACUUUGUUCUCCGCGGAGAAACCCAAGGGCGGUGCCGGUGACUGGCUGCGCACGCGCGCCGCCUCAUUUCCGGUGCUCUCUCUCGCUGGGUCGCUCGGGUCGGCUUCGGUCGCUACCGCUCCCGCUCUCCCACCCCCGCCAACCGCCGGUCGGGCCUCCGUCGCUGCCGCGUCGCUCUCUCGCUCCUUGGUUCGCACAUCCUCCCCGAUGCAGCGCCGGGACGACCCCGCCGCGCGCAUGAGCCGGUCCUCGGGCCGCAGCGGCUCCAUGGACCCCUCCGGUGCCCACCCCUCGGUGCGUCAGACGCCGUCUCGGCAGCCGCCGCUGCCUCACCGGUCCCGGGGAGGCGGAGGGGCAUCCCGCGGAGGCGCCCGGGCCUCGCCCGCUACGCAGCCGCCACCGCUGCUGCCGCCCUCGGCCACGGGUCCCGACGCGACAGUGGGCGGGCCAGCGCCGACCCCGCUGCUGCCCCCUUCGGCCACAGCCUCGGUGAAGAUGGAGCCGGAGAACAAGUACCUGCCAGAACUCAUGGCCGAGAAGGACUCGCUCGACCCGUCCUUCACUCACGCCAUGCAGCUGCUGACGGCAGAAAUUGAGAAGAUUCAGAAAGGAGACUCAAAAAAGGACGAUGAAGAGAAUUACUUGGAUUUAUUUUCUCAUAAGAACAUGAAACUGAAAGAGCGAGUGCUGAUACCUGUCAAGCAGUAUCCCAAGUUCAAUUUUGUAGGAAAGAUUCUUGGACCCCAAGGGAAUACAAUCAAAAGACUGCAGGAAGAGACUGGAGCAAAGAUCUCUGUGCUGGGAAAGGGCUCAAUGAGAGACAAAGCCAAGGAGGAAGAGCUACGCAAAGGUGGAGACCCCAAAUAUGCCCACUUGAAUAUGGAUCUGCAUGUCUUCAUUGAAGUCUUUGGACCCCCAUGUGAGGCUUAUGCUCUUAUGGCCCAUGCCAUGGAGGAAGUCAAGAAAUUUCUAGUACCGGACAUGAUGGAUGAUAUCUGCCAGGAGCAAUUUCUAGAGCUGUCCUACUUGAAUGGAGUACCUGAACCCUCUCGUGGACGUGGGGUGCCAGUGAGAGGCCGAGGAGCUGCACCUCCUCCACCACCUGUUCCCAGGGGCCGUGGUGUUGGACCACCUCGGGGGGCUUUGGUACGUGGUACACCAGUAAGGGGAGCCAUCACCAGAGGUGCCACUGUGACUCGAGGCGUGCCACCCCCACCGACUGUGAGGGGUGCUCCAGCACCAAGAGCACGGACAGCAGGCAUCCAGAGGAUACCUUUGCCUCCACCUCCUGCACCAGAAACAUAUGAAGAAUAUGGAUAUGAUGAUACAUAUGCAGAACAAAGUUACGAAGGCUACGAAGGCUAUUACAGCCAGAGUCAAGGGGACUCAGAAUAUUAUGACUAUGGACAUGGGGAGGUUCAGGAUUCUUAUGAAGCUUAUGGCCAGGACGACUGGAAUGGGACCAGGCCGUCGCUGAAGGCCCCUCCUGCUAGGCCAGUGAAGGGAGCAUACAGAGAGCACCCAUAUGGACGUUAUUAAAAACAAACAUGAGGGGAAAAUAAGAGUUAUGAGCAAAGUUGUUACUGAUUUCUUGUAUCUCCCAGGAUUCCUGUUGCUUUACCCACAACAGACAAGUAAUUGUCUAAGUGUUUUUCUUCGUGGUCCCCUUCUUCUCCCCACCUUAUUCCAUUCUUAACUCUGCAUUCUGGCUUCUGUACGUAGUAUUUUAAAAUGAGUUAAAAUAGAUUUAGGAAUAUUGAAUUAAUUUUUUAAGUGUGUAGAUGCUUUUUUCUUUGUUGUUUAAAUAUAAACAGAAGUGUACCUUUUAUAAUAAAAAAAGAAGUUGAGUAAAAAAAAAACACAAACCUGUUAGUUUCAAAAGUGACUUUGCUUGCUUAAAGGUUCUGAAGUAAAGGCUUGUUAACUUUCUCUUAGUUUUGAUUUGAGGCAUCCCGUAAAGUUGUAGUUGCAGAAUCCCAAACUAGGCUACAUUUCAAAAUUCAGGGCUGUUUAAGAUUUAAAAUCACAAACGUUAACGGCAGUAGGCACCACCAUGUAAAAGUGAGCUCAGACGUCUCUAAAAAAUGUUUCCUUUAUAAAAGCACAUGGCGGUUGAAUCUUAAGGUUAAAUUUUAAUACGAAAGAUCCUCAUGAAUUAAAUAGUUGAUGCAAUUUUUAACGUUAAUUGAUAUAAAACAACAACAAAAUUAGGCUUGUAAAACUGACUUUUUCAUUACGUGGGUUUUGAAAUCUAGCCCCAGACAUACUGUGUUGAGAGAUACUUAGGGGGAGGGAGUAGGUUUUGAAGAGGUUGAUGGUGGUGGGGAGGGAAGGCCUCCUGAAUUGAGUUUGAUGCAAAGCUUUUUAGCCAUGAAGAAUCUUUCAGUCAUAGGAUUAAUAAUUAAAUUUUCAGUAUUUAAAAAGACAAAAUAUUUUGUCCAUUUGAGAUUCUGCACUCCAUGAAAAGCUCACUUGGACGCUGGAGCCAAAAGCUGAUGAUUUUCUUAAGUUGACGGUUGUCAAUAUCGAACUGUUCCCAAGUUAGUCAAGUAUGUCUCAACACUAGCAUGAUAUAAAAAGGGACACUGCAGCUGAAUGAAAAAGGAAUCAAAAUCCACUUUGUACAUAAGUUAAAGUCCUAAUUGGAUUUGUACCGUCCUCCCAUUUUGUUCUCGGAAGGUUAAAUGCUACAUGUGUAAGUCUGCCUAAAUAGGUAGCUUAAACUUAUGUCAAAAUGUCUGCAGCAGUUUGUCAAUAAAGUUUAGUCCUUUUUUAAUCAAA